AUGAACAAUGAAGCCGUGAGCUUACUGGAGCACAUGCGGAAUCAGAUGAGGGAGAUGGUCCAGACUGGUCUCACACCGGGGCGUAUUCCUGCCGUGCCUGAGAGCCCGUCGCGGAGUCCACAUAAGAACUCACCGCCUAAUGUUAAUGGAUUCGAUCAGUCAUCAGUGAGGGACAACCGACGAAGUCGGAAGACUAAGUUGCCCCAGGGUGCAACAGGCCGCUCUACUCCACAGGGUGGGUCUCAGCCCGAGCUCGGCAAUGAGCCCUUCAGCACUGAUAAUAUCAACGGGCCUGCGGGCUUCUCAGCAGUUCCGGCGACGGCUCCUGCUAUUCAACAGGAUCCUCGAGAUACUGAAUCGAUCAAACUGUUGCGGCGUCAAGUGGAGGAGCUGAAGGUUGAAUUAGCCCGUAGUAAGGGCCCUGAGAGUGCACAGGAGAUGGAGAAACGGCUGAGGAUGCAGGAGAUGGAGCAAAGAUACUCCAGUUUGGAGAAUGCU